AUGUCCUACCAACGCUCUAAUGCACAUGCUUCACGCACCCCAUCUUCUCGUCAGACGCAAGGCGCCCCGCAUGCGGGACGCCAUGGAGAUGUAUCUUUGGAAGCAAUGGCGGACGCAUUCCUCGACCUCUCCAUGGCCGACCCUACCCCUCUCCCUCGCGACUCUUCCGGCUAUGACUAUCAGUCGAGGCACACCGCACAGCACCAUGGAGCUGCAGGUUACGCACCCUGGGAUCACCAUGUGCAUAAAUCCUCUCCAGAAACGGCAGCCCUAGCAUACAACAAGACGCGUACGACUGACAACACACCCGUUCUUGGAAUUGACCCAACCCUCCUCUCGCUGGCCACUGUGCCACCGACUCCGUACGGAUAUCCCUCGCAGGCGAGGUCCUCUGCACCUUCUGCAGCACGCGGACGAGCCAUUCCAACUCGGUCGCGCACUUCCGCCGAUGAAUCGGAUGACGAUGCAGAAUUGGACAGCGAUGAUGAGCACGGGGAUGAUCCCGAAUGGACGCCAUCUCAAGGCUCUGGAAGGCGCCGCUACCAACCUUAUACUCGUAGUCGCUCCUCUCGCUCACACGACUCACCUGCUGCCUCUGUCGCCCUUUCCACGUCUCCUACAUCCUCCGCGGGAAGUUCCUCAUCCCACAGUCGCCGGUCCAGCGGGCCCCGUUCCCGCAACAUCCAGACGGAGGUCGCAGCGGAAGACUUUACGGACGCGCUCACCAAUGGCUCCUGCAUGUGCCCAUGUUGCGGGUAUGUUCCCGCCAGCCGCCGCAUUCCAGACCUUAAGCGUCACAUGGAAACUCACCGGGCGGGCCAGAGCCCAGAUAAAUGGGUGUGUUGCGGCGUCUAUCCACAGGACGCUAUGAGAGCAGGUGUACCCAAGGGAUGCGCUCCGUACCAACACAAGGGCUUGACGUUGGUGGGCGGAUGUCUACUAUCUUUCAGUCGCCGCGAUGCUCUCCAGAGGCACAUAGGCAACACGAAACUGCCUUGUGUAACAGACAUCGCGGUAGCGGAGAUGCUCAGUACGCGCUAG